CGCGCACGCACGCACACAAGCACGCACGCGAGAACACGCACGCGCAGGCGGCAUAUAAGUCUCCACAUCGUUUCUUUAGUCUGCAGUCAGAGAGCAGCAGCAGCACAGCGGAGAGCCAAAGCGGAACGAGGAGGCUGUGAAGCAAAGGGGGAAACGGUUAUGCUGAUGAGAGAUGGAGCUCGAUAAUAGAAGCCUCCAACUGGCAAAAUAAGAAGUGAAACUAUAUGUUUUUCCCCACCCUGCACUCAUUUCCUUGACGGCAUACCAGAAGUCUGCCUGCUGCUGGACCAACGGAGAGCCCUCGUCGCAGAUUUGUUCUACUGUGGCCCCAAAAAGGAGCCGGAGACAGUCAAGACGUAAAAAGACUAUUUUAUAGGAGUAUUCCUUUUAUUUUAUGCCUCAAAAAACACUUUGUUUUUAGAUUUUAAAGAAAGUUGUCAGCUUAUUUUCUACCCGUCUGGCUGGCACAGAAGGGACCUAAAUGAUUCAAACCAGCUACUGGAUCCAUCAUGUCAUAAAGCCACAUGUGGUCUCCUAGCACUGAGGAAUAUAACUUUUUUGCCGAGUGAGCAUUGCAAAAAGAAAAAGGAUACCAGAAACCUGCCUUAGUCAUGCUGCUGAAGAAGAAACUGUGCAUUGGUGCCUUGUUUUGUGGCAUCCUGUUUUUUAUGUUGGCCACACACACUAUACAGAAAAACAGUCUCUUGUCCGUGACGGAGGAGGUUACACACACUGCGGCACAGUUCGUACUAAAGAACCACACACACACCCAGUCUGUCACCCAGUCCAUCCAGCGGCGCUCCUGCAGCUGCCCUACAUGUGUUGCAGAUCUGGGCAUCUCUGAGUGGUUUGACCAACGCUAUGACCACAAGCAGCAUCCCUACCUCACUACCGAGGGAAAUGAAAUAGAUCCGCUUGCAUUGAAGUGGUGGCUGGCUCUGCAGCGGUCAGUUGAUGGGACGAUCGAGGAAGUGAUGAAGAAAAUGUUCACUGUGAUUUCUCCUCCGCCUGUGGAAGAACUGCAUCAGCCAAGUCGCUGUCGGACAUGUGCUGUGGUUGGAAACUCAGGAAAUCUACUGCAGUUCAAGUAUGGAGCUGCGAUAGACUCCCAUUCCAUUGUCUUUCGGAUGAAUAAAGCCACGACUGUAGGGUUCGAGCAACAUGUGGGGAAUAAAACCACUCACCACUUCAUGUACCCAGAGAGCGCUGUGGAUCUGAACCCUGGUGUCCAUCUUGUCUUGCUGCCUUUUAAACUGAGGGACCUUCAGUGGGUGACGAGUGCACUUUCAACCGGAGAAAUUAAAACGACAUAUGUGAGAGUGAAAGAACGUGUGCAAGCAGAUAAAGACAAGGUGAUUGUGGUGAAUCCGAGUUUUUUUAAGUACACUCAUGACCGCUGGACAGAGCACCAUGGAAGGUACCCAUCCACUGGCAUGCUAGCCAUAGUGUUUGCUCUGCAUCUCUGUGAUGAGGUGUCUGUGUUCGGCUAUGGUGCAGAUUCACUGGGAAACUGGCACCACUACUGGGAGGACAACAAGUAUGGGGGAGCUUUCAGGAAAACAGGUGUUCACAAUGCUGACUAUGAGAGUGAAAUCAUCCAUAAAUUGGACACAGAGGGCAAAAUUAAACUUUACCCGAAGGUGGGACAGCAAGCCAGUCUGAAGCUGAAGGAAUGACUCAAAGCCACGAGACCACACAUGCUGGGUCAGAAUAGAGGCCAAAGAGGAGAAAGACACACAUGUGAUUCACCCUGCUAUUAACUGACCACUGUGAGAAUUGCUGAACCAAACCCACUGACAACAAGCUGUAUUCUCAAGACCAAACAAACCUUAACUGUUUUUUAAUGAACGUUUUAUUGAUACUUGUCACACAUUUGAUGUAAAACCACAAGAUGGACUAAAUCCAAUGAGAACAAAGCUCCUCUUGAAGAUGCAGGAAGGCAAUGGAGCAGAGAAGGAGUGGUAAGUGGAAGGAAUAAGCUUAAAGUGAUGGUUGGGUGAAAAGUCGCAUUGACACGAAUUUACUCCUUGAAGUCAAGACAUGUUUGGUGUCUGAAGUUUGCUUCUUUUUUGCACUGGAGCUAACAGGCUAAUGUAGCUAAUGAGUAAUGGAUGCUUAUACUCCCCCAAUUAGCUUCAUGCAAACCGCAUUUCUAUCGUCACACGCUUGCCUCAAACAGUGUUGUGUUAUCUCAAAUAGACUUGUGUGAUGUAGGCAUUCUGUAAGCACAGUGCUAUUUGGCGAGGGGACUAGCUUUGUUAGAUACAUUAGUCUAAUAGCUCUGGUGCAAAACAUAAAGAAGAUAUGUAAAUGUAAUUUUUCACUGAACCUUUAAAGCUGUUUCAUGUCCACACUGAGCUGCACCGCCAAGCCUUACACAGACUGACCCUUGGGACUUGUUAGUGUCGACUGCAAAGAGGGAAAAGGCUAAAAAUAAAACUCAACAUGUUUAGCAAAGUGGCACUCUUGGCCCACUUCUCAACUUCUCAUUUUAGACAGAAAAGCACUUUUUACUGCAACUAAGUACAAAACUCUGAGAUGUUAUUUGCAUUAUAGUUACCAAUGUGUUUUUAAGGAAAAUGACCUUUUCCAAAUUGGCUUUUGCUGUAUGGAUCACUAAAGCAAAUGAAAACAUUAUUUAACAUCUGGAUCCAAAUUGGUUAUUUUGCUUGCACUGUUUUAGCAAUACAUGAUAGGGACAAAAAUACUGGGACACCUACGGGAGCUUUUAUGACAUGCCAUUCUAAAUCCAUAGGCAUUAAUUUCUAGUUGGUAUUUGCCCUCCUCCACCAUUUGGCACAAUUCAGUCAGGCAGGUAAUGUUCUCCUGGCAUUCACCAAACCCAGAAUAUGUUUCCACUGCUCCAGAGUCCAGUGGCGGUCUGCUUUUACACUACUCCCUCCGAUGCUUGGUAUUGUGCUGGGUGCUAUACAGCUUACAUGCAGCUGCUUGCCCAAGGAAGACCAUGCUAGGAAACUCCGGGUGCACAGUUUUUGUGCUGAUGUUUAGUGAAAGGGGAGGUUUGGAACUGUUGGAUCAGUUAUCGAGUCCGCAGAGCGUUGGCGACUUUAAUGCACUAUGGGCCUCAGCACUCGGCGACCCGCUCUGUAACUUUACGUCUAGCCCCUUUGUGGCUGAGUUGCUGUGGUUUCUAAACACUUGCGCUUUUGGAAUAUCUAGGAGGGAAGAAAUUUUCAUGAACUGACUUGUUACAAUGGUGGCAUCCUAUUACAGUACCAAGCUCAAAUUGAGUGAGCUCUUUAGAGCGACCCAUUCUUUCACAAAUGUUUGUAAAGGCAGACUGCUUGAUUUUAUACACCUGUGUCAACGGUACUGAAUGAAACACCUAAAUUCAAUGACUAAGAAGUGUGUCCCAAUACCUUUGUACAUAUAGUGUUUGCCUUUUUUUCCUUUUACAAUUGAGCACAUCAUGAUGAGUUGUGGAUCUUUUUAUUAUUAUAUCAAUUAAUGGUGCAUUACAAGCAAAUAUUUAGUUUCUCAGUUGUUUUGCAUUAAGACCCCAACCGUCCUUAAACGUUUAGCAUCUGUGCCUUUGAGUGGUUGCACUGAUUACACACACAUUUCAGUUUACUACCUUUGCCAGUAAUACUUACCACAGUUUGGGAUUUUUACCAGCUACUAUUUUAGCAACAUAGACUGAAACACAUCUUAGACUUGACCUGAGAUUUAGAGUAAUAAAUGGAAUGUGUUUGGAUAAUUGUAAUGACUGACUGCGGUUUUGGUCAAAGUUUUCUUUUUGUAGCCUUUCGACUGUUGCCAGACUGUGAAAAUGCUGAAACUUGACUAUUCAUUUUGUUGCAGAUUUUUCUUAUUACCAAGUUUCUUAUACAUGUGUUUGUGAUUUACUUUGUGAUUUUAUGCUUAUGAAUGUAUUAUGGUUUUCUUCUACAUUGCCCUGUGUCAGAUUAUUAUUAUUAUUAUUAUUAUUAUUAUUAUUAUUAUUAUUAUUUAUUAUCAUUAUUGUGGUCUACUGAGACUCAAGGUCAUGUCUCAAGUACAGAUUCACAUUAUCAAAACAAUAAAACCAAGACGGAAGGAAAAAUAUUUUCAUACACACUUUAAUAAGUGUUAUAACAAAACUCAUUAAUGAGUAAUGAAAAUAGUGCAGGGGACAAACAUUUGUUUCCAAUUUACCUCCUGUUCAAAACAUAAAAUCAAAUUAUAAACAAUAAAAAAUAGUCACGUUUUAAGAGAUCAGGUAUCAUAAAUAAAAAAUUGGAAUGCAGAAGUAAAAAUAAGAAAUACAACAUUGCUAUGGCAAGUUUUUUGAGAUGCACUAAAUAUUUUCACUUUUUCAAAUUUCCAUUCCAAUUCUACUUCAUCACAGACUUCAUGUAAAACAGUGAAGAGAAACAACAUUAAUACAACAUAUUCAUGUUACAGGCAUCAGUCACAGGCAACUAUUCCCCUACCUAUUAUAAGGUACUUGAAUGUGCAAGUUGGUAGAAAAAUAAAGCAAUAAGUCACUGGUUAGUCUUGGGGACUUGUUAUUUACAUUUAUUGUGGGAUAUGAAUUUAUUUCAAGUAUUACUUUUACAGUUGUGGCCCAGAGAUUUCUACUAAUUACACUGCAUUCAACACACACAGAACAUGUGACUACACACAGUAUAUUGUCCAGGCCCAGACUUGCCUUGGCCCUGACGGCCAAGUUACCAUCUCCCAGUGUGCUUUAAAGAGAAAAACAGAAGUUACAUGUGUUAAAAGAUUCUUGACCUGAAUGUGACAGUGUGCCCCCAUUUUAAUGGACAGAGUACCAAAUCAUGUGCAAGCACCUUUGUAAGCAACUUUGUGCCAAGUUUUUUGCGAAAAAUCUUGAUAAAGCUGUGGUCUGUCUUGAAUAAAGCCUUGUGUACAUAUAUAAUCACUA